GAAGACAGUUUAAGGAGACAAUGGGAACUGGCAGUGAAACGGGAAGGUUUUGUGCCAACUAAGACGUCCGUGCUCUGCAGUGAGCACUUCAAGACAGAUGACUUUGACAGGACAGAGCAAAUUGUCCGUCUGAGAGAGGGAGUCAAACCAUCUGUCUUUAACUUCCCAUCCUAUUUACAAAAGGUAUGUGUGGAAUCAAGUACAGUACACUUUCUGAUGUUAAAAACUUCCUUAAAAUGUUGUUUAUGUUUCUUACAUUUUAGCAAGUACGAUCAAGGAAAACAACAACAGAAAGCAGAAGAGAGCCUGCCAGUGGACUUGCCUCAGCAUUUCUGUAAAGCUGAACCUCAUUCUACUGUUGACCACAAUUAUGCCUUGCCUGCUUCUCCCACUCUUCUCAAGGCCAGACUUAAUGAAGCUCUGGCUAGAGUGGAAAGUCUGGAGCGUGAGAAGAGAAACAGCAUGCUCCGGGAGCGAAGGGUGAAGAAAAACGUUCAUGCUCUUCUCGAGGAUCUUCAGGAAAAAAACAUCAUAAAUGAAGAGCUUAAAGACAGGCUUGAAUGCUACUCAGAUCUUCGGGUAGACCUCUUGGCAAAGAAGGGCCAUGAGUACACCAGAGAGCAAAGGGAGUUUGCCCUCACGCUACACCUUUAUGGCCCAAAGGCAUAUACAGUAGUUACCUGAGAGAGUCUCAGCAUCUUCCUCUCCCACAUCCCCAUACAUUGCAACGGUAUUCUUCAUGUUCAUGUUCAACAUAUAGGUGCAGAGAGUUUUGAAAUUUAAGCUGUUGUGUGUAGUUGUGUGGCUGCAGGUAUGGCUAUCACAUACAUGAACCACUUUAAUUGUAUGGACUAUAUUUUGUGACAAACAGUGGAAACUACCGAUUUACAAGCUCACAUCAAAAACACAUCACUGUUCAGAUACAUUUUGAACUUUCAGAUAUGCUAUUUUCUGUUUAUUUUGUUUGUUUGUUUUUUGGUAAGGGUUAUAGUGGUCAAAUUACUACAUUUUAUUCCUCAAAGGUGGCUGACUUCAGUUGAUGACAAGCCUGGCCUCUAUAAGACAAUGCUGGACAUGCUGGGAAGAAGAUGUGAGAAAGACCAGACCAAAUAUGGAUUGGUGACUUUGAUUCUGGACGCCAUGGCCAUAAAGGAACAUGUACAAUACAAUCCCCAAACCCAAGCAAUGUCAGGGUUUGUGGACAUGGGGGACUGAUGCAGUGAGACAGAUGUUGCCUCUGAGGCUCUGGUUUUCAUGGUAGUUGGCCUACAAGGGCACUGGAAAGCUCCAGUUGCCUACUAUCUGACCAGUGCUCUUUCACCAGAAACACUGAAGGUCUUAGUGGUUCAUGCACUGAAGGAACUUCAUGCUCGUGGUCUGAGAGUGAUGUGCAUGACAAUGGACGGACAUGUAUCUAACAUCAGCAUUAAGAUUAACAGCAUUACAGCAUUAACUCGGCUGCAAUCUAAAGGGAAACCCACGCGAACCUCUGAAGACCUCCUUUGCACAUCCAGUGACUGGUGAAAGAGUGUUUGUCAUGAUGGAUGCCUGCCACAUGCUGAAGCUUGCACGCAACAUGUUACAGGUAAAAGCUGAUGUUCUAGGCUUACUCCAGUCAUGCAAGUCAUGUCUGUACUUGUGUGAGGAUACUUGUAAUCAGUGGCGGCUGGUGGUGAAAUUUGUUGGGUGGGCUAACAAAUGCAUAAUACCAAUUAAAUGGUUAACACAGCUGCAAAAGCAACGUCACCUAUGAUACACACAGUUACAUCAAUUACAGGUACACUAUACUUUUUUAGUGCUCUACAUCAACACUCUCUCUCACUCACUCACACACACACACACACACACACACACACACACACACACACACACACACACACACACACACACACACACACACACACACACACCACUACAAAACAUGUUCCAACUGCAACGACUGCCCACAGAUAGCCUGCUGCAACUGUCUUAUUACAGCCAUUUGGCGACAUGUAGUGCAAAACACUCCUUCAGUACAACAGAUGACCUCAGCAAAAACAAGGUGUCACAGUCCUUUAACGGGUCAUCAUGGGCCUACCUUAUUUGAAAAGAAGCUCACAUCGACGGCCGAUGUGAUCCCAGUCCCUUAACUUCCAGCUUUUCCUCCAAAGACAUUGAGGAAAAUGGACAUGAAAGCAAAUAAUCCACCUCAUUCAUGCAAACGCCCGCCAUAGCUUAACCUUUUCUCCCUCCUUCCCAACUCUGGCACAAAUAGCAGCACCGCUGCGUCAACUCACUGCUAUUGGUCAAAGUCGAGGCCUGUGGGCUGACUGAAGUUAGCCCAAAUUAUCAGUAAAUCACAGGGGCGGGACAUGACACCUGUCAAUCACUGACAAGAACGAAAUGAAUGAAAGCCACCACUGUGUUAACUCGCUGUUAUUGGUCAAAAGUCAGUGGCCUGUGGGCUGACUGAAUUUAGCCCAAAUGAUCAGUAAAUUGCAGGGGCGGGACAUGACACCUGUCAAUCACUUACAAGAAAGAAAUGAAUGAAAGCGGACUGUGUCUGCUGGGGCUGUAAAAAAUACGCCCAUUUAGAGAUAUUCUAUGUUUUUCUUUUGACCAAUUGGUGCUGUUGCUACCUUUGUUUUCACCUAAACUUAAAACAAUCUGUUGUAAGUUAUUUAAAAAAUAAUGUUCUCAUCUUUUUUGUGUUGGCCUGGGAGGGCUUAGCCCUGUUAGCCCAUUUAUACCAGCCGUCCCUGCUUGUAAUAGGGAUUCUAAUUCUGAUUUUGAAGGAAUACAGCCCAAUACUGAGCACCACUGGCCCCAUCAACUGGAAGUUCGUCAUUGAUCUCAACAAUGUUCAGACGAAGGAUGGACUGCAUCCUGCAAACAAGAUCACGCACAAGCAUGUCCAUUUCGACAACCAGAAGAUGAAGGUGUCCCUGGCUGCGCAGACAUUGAGUCGCUCAGUGGCAGUGGCUCUCCGAAUGCUAAGAGACCUGGGCCACUCACAGUUUCAAGACUGUGAAGCAACAGCUGAGUUCAUUGAGGUAAUAUGCUUAUGGAUGUGCAUAGGGCCAUAGAAGGAGUAGAGGGAAGUUCCAAAAACUGCCACGUUUAACACGUUUACUGAAGUGAAUAGUUUUUGAAUUUUGAAUAGAUUAAUUAAUUUAAUAUGAUACAUGUUGAAACACUGUUAUGGAGAUGAUUUUACUUGCUUAAAAGAUGAUGCAGAUAUUUGUUUUUAGAUGAUUGACAGACUCUUUGACGUCUUGAACAGCCGCAAUCCCCAUGCCAAAGGAUUCAAAGCUCCCCUUGGGGCUUUGAAUUGGGUGGAGAGAGUGGGUUUCUUGUUGAGAGCCAGGGAGUAUUUGCUCAGAUUGUCAGUGAAAGAUGCCACACCCCUUCACCGAUCAAAGAGGUCUUCUAAAAUAGUGACUAUACUGUUUGCAUGACAUAAGUUCAUUCAAUACUCAGUUCCAAUGUUCUGCAUCAAGUUCAUAUGAUGCCAUGUUUUCUUGUUCUGAUUCAGGUUUUAAUUAUUCUUUUUUUCCCUGUAUGCAGUGUUUUUUAGUUGUUGGAAGUAACUUUUGAUCUGUGUUUCUUCAGGUCUUACAGGUGUCAAUAUGGUAUGCAGCAGGUAAGAUGGCACCCACUGUUACUAACAUCUGUGUGUGAUACGGUGUGCCUUGUCCCGAUUUUUUUUUUUUUUUUUUGCUGUCUGCAUGUUUUUCUAUUUGAAUUGUUUAAUGUUUUUCAAGUCCAGCGAUAUGUCUGUACCUACCGGUUCAGCCAAGAUCACUUGGAGCUUCUCUUUAACUCGAUCAGAGCAUCAGGUAGGGUUCAUAUUUUACAAUCAGAAAAAAAACAGAAAAUAUUUUGCUGUAGUUGGUGUGUGUGUGUGUGUGUGUGUGUGUGUGUGUGUGUGUGUGUGUGUGUGUGUGUGUGUGUGUGUGUGUGUGUGUGUGUGUGCGCGCACGCGCGCGCAUGUGUGUGUGUGUGCGCGUGUGUGUGUGUGUUUUUCCUUAAGGGGGCUGGAACAACAAUCCCUCUGCCAGCCAGUUCCAGGGCAUCUUCCGGCGCCUGAUGGUCCGAUGUGGUGUCUCACCAAGUGGGCUCGGCAAUGUGGCAGCACAGGAUGACACCGUGUCACUGUCUGCUGUGGAGAUGUCCUCUGCCGAAACUGCCGAAGAACUCUCUCCCCCAUUUGUUAACUUUGUAGCCAUCGUGUCUGACCACAGCUACCUUCCCACGCGUUUUGGUGGUCUUGUGGACAAUGCACUAGUCUACAUUGCAGGUUUUGUUGUUCGGCAGCUUCUGAGAAAUCUCUCUUGCGACAUGUGCCAUGCCAGCCUGGUGCGUGACGCCGUACCCUCAUCACAUGAUGAGAACUACCACCUACUUGUGCUCAAAAAUAAUGGUGGGCUGAUGAUUCCAUCAGAAGGCACAGUCAAGGUGGUGAGAGCAGCAGAGCGAGUGAUUCGCCAGGGCCACUCCGGCGUAGCUCCUAAGGUGUCAGUGGUCCUGCACGUGGUCCGUGAGGAGAUUGGCACAGAUGAUGUGUUUUUGCUUGGGGAACAUAUUGGAGACACACAAUUUGGCAUCGACAAUCACUAUUCAAACUUAGUUAAACUAGUAGUGUCUGUGUUCCUCAGAAUUAGGAUGUACCACGUUGCAAAAAUCAUCACACUGAAACACCAGAGUGGCAGCACAAGGAAGAAACUGUGCAAAACAGUUCUCUUCCAGGGGUAUUAGGUCAAUGAAAUGCUUGUAAAUACUCUUGUACAUAGUUUUCUGGGAGGAUUGUUUAUGUUCUUGUUCCUUGAAUAUUUCAGUUCUUUGGCUAACAAUGCUAAUGAUGAUGAUAGUGAUAUAAUAGUAAUAGUAGUAGUAAUAAUAAUAAUAAUGAUAAAAAUGAUAGUAAUAAUCGCAGUAAUAAUAGUAAUGAUAAUAAUAAUUAAUAUAAUAGUAAUAGUAGUAGUAGUAGUAGUGAUAAUAAUAAUAAUACUAAUAAUAAUAGAAGUAAUAGUAAUAAUUAUAAUAAUAAUACUAGUAACUGUAAUAUAAAAAUAAUAAACAAUAAUCAUACAAUAUUAUAGGAAUAUAAUGAUAAUUAUAUGAAUAACAAUAACAGUAAUACAGUAGUAGUACAAUAAUACAAAAAUAAUAAUUGUACUCCAAUGCAAUGUAAAGCUGUUAAUGUAAAGUCAAUAAAACCUGAGCACAUCUGAAUGUUUUCUCUUUUUUGUUUAUUUUUUCUGUUUAUAUCUAUCUGUCUAUCUAUCUAUCUAUCUAGCACAGGGGUCGGCAACCCGCGGCUCCGGAGCCGCAUGCGGCUCUAUCAGCCCUCUGUUGUGGCUCCCUGUAACUUUGGAAAAUAAAUUGUUCUGCCUUUCAGGCGCGUUUCAAUGCAUUUUAAUAUAGAGUUUUAUUGUGAAAUUACCGCUCUUAUUUUGACGUGUCACUCUACCGGAUGUGCUGCUGGGGUUUUCCCCUGGCUGGGACAUGAGAGCGCAAGGUUGAUGCAGAGGAGAUGGAGAAGCAACGCCUGUAGUUUCACAUCGUUUUGUACUCAAGAAUGGCAAGCCUGUAUAUUAAAGCUCCACUCCAAGAAAGACACGUCUUGUCUUUGAGUCAAAAGUACUCGUGAU